AUGCAGUCAUCAGGACACAGGCUCCGAGAUGUCGAGCACCAUCCUCUCCUCACCGAAAAUGACAGUUACGACUCCUCAUCCUCAUCAUCCUCUGAGGCCGACUCCACAGACAGGGUGUGGUUCAUCCGGGACGGCUGUGGCGUGGUCUGCGCUAUCCUGACCUGGCUCCUGGUCGUCUACGCCGACUUUGUGGUGACAUUUGUCAUGCUGCUGCCUUCCAAAGACUUCUGGUACUCUGUGAUCAACGGGGUCAUUUUUAACUGUCUGGCCGUCCUCGCCCUGUCAUCUCACCUGAGAACCAUGCUCACCGACCCUGGAGCCGUCCCCAAAGGCAACGCUACGAAGGAGCACGUGGAGAGCCUGCAGCUGAAGCCAGGCGAGGUCAUCUACAAGUGUCCCAAGUGCUGCUGCAUCAAGCCCGAGCGCGCUCACCACUGCAGUAUUUGUAAGAGAUGCAUCCGCAAGAUGGACCACCACUGCCCGUGGGUGAACAACUGUGUGGGAGAAAAGAACCAGAGGUUUUUUGUGCUCUUCACUAUGUACAUAGCACUGUCUUCAGUCCACGCACUGAUUCUCUGUGGAUUUCAGUUCAUUUCUUGUGUCCGAGGCCAGUGGACGGAAUGCAGCGACUUUUCACCACCAAUAACGGUCAUCCUCUUGAUCUUCUUGUGCCUUGAGGGUCUCCUGUUUUUCACUUUCACUGCAGUGAUGUUCGGCACGCAGAUCCACUCGAUAUGCAACGAUGAAACGGAGAUCGAGAGACUAAAAAGCGAAAAGCCCACGUGGGAGCGGAGGCUCCGUUGGGAGGGAAUGAAGUCUGUCUUCGGGGGUCCACCCUCACUCCUCUGGAUGAAUCCUUUCGUCGGGUUCCGGUUCAGGCGGCUGCAGACAAGAGCCAGGAGAGGGGGCCCCGAGUUCUCCAUCUGA